GCAUGGUUUUGCUCACUAGAGGAAGUAAAAAAAAAAAAAAAAAAAAAGUAGUUCCUGCAGCAUGUAGCCUUCAUUGUGACCUCCUGCAUUGGUGAUAAGGGCAGAUACAGUGCUCCUAGUUUACAUCCACUAUGUUGACAAAUAAGUAUGUAGUUGCUGCCUCUGUGGUUGGGACAGUGCUGGGGGGAGGAAUCCUGCUAAAGUGAGUAUUAACAUCAUGUCAGUGUGUCUAUAUUACAUUUUAGUUACAUUAAAUUUGACUUGAAUGAUCUGAUUACAUUUUAGUUACAUUAUAUAUGACUUGAAUGACCUCAUUACAUUUGAGGAAUCCUGCUAAAGUGAGUAUUGACAUCAUGAUGAUGUUGAGGUUAGCUUCUUAUUCGGCCAGCUUCUUAUUCAGUGAUAGAAGAUAGCUUCUUAUUCAUCUAACUUCUUAUUAAAACAUGACGUUUAUUCAUUCAAAAUGUGCAAGAUAAAUAUUACUUGAUUAAUACAGUAUUCAAAUGCAAGCCAUUUUUCUACACAUUUCUGAUAUAGUAACAAAUAAUGAAAACAAUAUAUAAAAUACUAAAUGUUAUUAUAUAAAUUAAGUUUACUCAUUCAAAUUGGCUCUUGUUUCUGUAAAGUAGUACAUUGUAUCUUCCGCCUCUAAAAUAAAUCAAUAACACCUUUUCCAAACAAAAGGGGCAUCAAAAUGCCACCUUCAAAUCAAUGCCUCUUAAAAUAAAUCCAUCUUCGCCAUGUUGUCAUUGAUUUCUAUACACUGGACACCCUUCUUCAUCAUACAAUAAUAUUUAUUCUGAGCCAAACUACAACAUUGGUUAAAAACUGGCACCAAAGUGGCACCAUCAUUCAAUGCAUUUCAAUGGGGAUUUCUGAAUAAGUAACCAAGGUUUUCUUACAUUAAAGCCAUCUUGGCUCACCCAAGAUGCCAUUUAUUUCAAUACACUGGGGUCCCCUCUAUGUCAUCAAAUAACAUUUAGCCUGAGCCAACCCACAUUUCAUAUCAAAAGCUGGCACCAUCAACUCAUGCAUUUCAAUGUGGAUUUCUAAAUAAGUAUCCAAGGUUUUUCUAUACAAAAACCAUCUUGGCUCACCCAAAUUUACAUUAUAAUAGGCUGUCACUUCCUCCCAGCUGGCCGACAUUACAAGUGCCUGUUUGCGGUCUUAAAGGACCGCGGCACUCGACCAGGUCCCUGUUCAGCAAUAAUGUUUCCAUGGUGCUAUAAUCUUAGCACCGGGGAAAUAUUCUUUGGCACCUCUGUAUGCACGUUGUGACACCCCAUUGCACCGCGCCACACAGUUUGGGAAAUGCGGCUCUACACUGUUUUCAAAGAAAGUAAAAUAAAAAAAGCAUGUGGUUGCAUUUUUCAUAUUUCUUUCUACUUCAUUUAGGGAUUACAGGCGCAGUGGCAACGGCCCCAGUAAAGCAAUGAUAACUGGCAAGACUGUGAUAGUAACUGGUGCAAACACAGGAAUCGGUAAAGAAACCGCCAUGGAUCUGGCAAGAAGAGGUAAAGUACAAUGGGAAUAAGGAAGAAACAUAAUAAUCAUUGAUAUGUGCUCACUAAGGAACCUGUUCUCUAAAUGCAGAAUUUGCUACAGCAAAUAUGGCUCCUUUCAUGUGGUUCAAUUCUGUAGCAUUCGAUAGGUAUUAAGAUUAGGAUAGGAAUUAAUUUAAGGCUUACUAUACUCACCACAUAAAGCUGAAUAAAGUUACUAUUUUAAAAUGUAUCCCAUUGCUGCAGUGAGAGUGAACUAAACAUAGCUAAACUACAGAUUAAUUUUCCCUGUUAUAAUGGAAAAAAAAAAAGGUUCCACUAAGGUAAGAGUACAGUUUGGGGUGGAUUUACUGUUGGGGUAUUGUUAAAGGGUGUUAGGUGUAUGUUAAGGCAACUUAAAGGGACACUAGUCACCAAACUACUUUAGCUUAAUGAAGCAGUUUUGGUGUAUAGAUCAUGCCUUUGAAGUUUCACUGCUCAAUUCUCUGCCAUUUAGGAGUGAAAUCACUUUUGUAUAAUUCAGCCAUACCUCCCGUGGCUGUGACUGCCAUUUCUGCAUCAGAUAUAACUUAGUUUUAAACUUUUUAUCGUCUGCUUUGUAAAUUUAACUUUAAUUGCAUACAGAAGGCUCGUGCAGGGUCUAGCAAGCUAUUAACAGAGCAGGAGAUAAACAUUCUAAAUUUAACAGAAUUUACAAUAAAGUUAGUAUAAACAUUAGAUGACUCUUUACAUGAAGUGUUUAGGAAGGCAGUUCAAUUCACAUGCAGGGAAGUGUGCCUAGGGCUGCAGAAACAAAGCAAUUUAUCUCCUAAAUGGUAGAGAAUUGAGCAAUGAGCCAGUAGGGGCAUGAUCUAUACACCCAAACUGCUUCAUCAGGCUAAAGUUGUUUUGGUGACUAUAAUGUCCCUUUAAGGUUUGAGGGGGCGGGUAGCUAACAUUUCUAGAUAGCCUCCACUUGUUCUGUAUUAAACGAUUUGGAUCAUUUGGAUGAAUAGUGAAAAUCAACCAAGAUAUAUGGAGGUCGUCUGAUAUCAACAUACAACAGAACUGCUUAAGAAUGGAAGUGAAAAAUCUUUUGACAUAAGCAGAUAUGCCUUUAUUGAAUAGCUGAAUGGAAUACAUUACAUUAAAACUGUUGAUAUGGACAACCAAAACACAUUUUGACUGCCAGCAAGUUACCGUUGGUGUUUAAUGAAUACACUCCUAAAUGUCUGAAAAACUUUGACCGAUUGAAAAUAGAAAGAUUAUUACUGCCAUAAUAUCGACUGCUUUAUUUGAAACAGAGAUGAGAGCUGAGGUUUUUUUUUGUUUUGUUUUUUCAUGUCUUGAUUUUUCUUGUUUUUCCAAACAUAAUAUUAAUGAAACAAUGUGCAUCAACACACCAUUAACCCGUUAAGGACACCGCUUCAGAAGCUUGUCUUACGCUUAAUGACACAAGCAAUUUUUGCAUUUUCUUGCUGUAUGCAUUCAACUGCAAUUUGCAUCUCUCUCGUUUAUUGCACCGACACAUAUUAUAUACUGUUUUUUAAAGGACAGAAAGGGCUUUAAUUUGAUGUAACAUAUAUAUAUAUAUAUGCUUAUUUAUUAUUAAAAAAAUACAGAAAAAUGCAAAAAAAAAAAAUAUUGUGUUUUUUGUACAGUUUUUGCAAUAAUAAUGUGUGCCUAAUUAGUGCAGGUUAAAGAAAGUAAUUAAAAAUAAAUUCAUUUAGUUGUUCUGAUUUACAGAAUAUAUAAUGUGUCUGGGAUUUUAAGUUUUUUUUUGGUAGUUACAGGUCACAAAGCACAAGGAGUAAAAUAAACUUUUAAUGUGGAGCGAUUUUAGAAUUUGGUAUGUUUGUCUUGUAAGCUUAAUAGCCAUAAAAGAAAACAUAAUUGCCACACAAAAGUGCAUAUUUAUAUAAAGUAGACAUCACAGGCUAUUGUCCUAAGGUUGUUUUGACACUUUCUACGUAGCCAUUUCACCGCCAAUCUCUGCUAAAUAUUGGAGUAAAAUUUAGUUUUUUGGGGUUUUUGACACACAAACUUAUAACAAAGAACUUCUCGUGUAUUUUGUAAAGUUGGUGUGUGCUAUCCCUGUACAAUGUUUUAUUUUGUGUUCAGUUACUUCUGCUGAAUACAACAGUACCCCAUUCUAUGUCUUUGGCACUAUUUCGUGAAGCUACAGUGCCAUAUAGGAGACCUGUCCGUUUCAACAUUUACAGUAGAAUUUUGAGAGGCGGAUUUAAUGGGCCUAUGCUUCAAUUUGGGGUAUUAUAGCAGUUUGACUGUUCAAAAAAACCCACAAAGGCCUACCAUUUGUAAAAGUAGACACUCCAGGGUAUCUCAUAUGGUGCAUAUUGUGCCUUAACAUGCCCCCAUUUUUUCACCAAUAUAUGACAAAGUAUGUGGUAAAAAAUAAUUUGGGGCAUUUUUUACAUACAGAUUAUAUUUUUGCUGGGCAUUUUGUACAUUUCAUAUUUUCCACUAAGUUCAAACCCCCCAAAUUAUGCUCAGCUAAGUCUUCUGAGUAAAACAAUAUGCCCUAUGUAUGACCUAGACACUAUUUUGUGAAGUUACACUGCUGUAAAAGAGACGUGACAAGUUAAGGUUUUUAAGUGUGAAUUUUCAUGGAGAGUUUUGAUGCGUUCAUGUCCCACUUUGGAGCACUUGAGCAGGCUACAUAUUACAACUACACCAUAAAGGCAUACCAUUUCUUAAAGAACACCUCCCAGGGUAUUUCUAAAGGCCUAUUUUGAACCUUAGCGUGGGAUAAUUUUUCCGCUAGCUUGUACCAAGUGUAGUGGUAAUAAGCAUUUUUUCUUCCUUUUUGGCACACAAAGUGAGUUUGCACAGUAUAUUUUGCAAACCAUAUGUGUACUACUACUGUAUACUACUUCAUAUGUUGCUCAGCUAUGUCGGCUGAGUACAACAAUACCCCCGUAUGUACCUCUGCCAGGUAUAUGUGGACAUUGAAGGGACACAUCUGAGACACAGCCAUUUCAGUUUUUUUCAAACUUUAAAUUUUUACACUGUGUCCAUGUCCCAUUUUAGAGUAUUUUACAAGGCUAUAUAAUCCAAUUACACCAUAAAAGCAUACCAUUUCUUAAAGAAGACAUCCCAGGGUAAUUCAAAAGUCAUAUUUUGAACCUUAGCGUGGGAUCAUUUUUCCGCUAGCUUGUACCAAGUGUAGUGGUAAUGAGCAUUUUUUAAUGUAUUUUUUUACUUUGUAAAACUUUUUUUUUUUUUAAUUUGGAAAACCCGUUUUUAAACUUUUUUUUUUUUCUACUUAUUAAAUGUUUUACACUUUCUUAACUUUUUUUUACACUUUUAAAUUUUUUUCUAAACUUUUCUUUUACCCUUAACCCCUAACUAGCGGUAAGCAGCACUAACCGUAAAUUCCCCCCUUUCCCAUAACUCCCACCCACUCCAGCUAGCAAAAUAUAUAUAAUUAUAAAAUAUUUAAAUUAAUUUAAUAAAUUGAACCCCUGAGGUAAAAAUAAAUAAAAGUUAAACCUCACAGGUUAAAAGAAAUUAGAUUACAGUAUAAUACUGUGAUCUGUAUUUUGAUCACUGUAGGCAGUGAUCAGCUGACAGGGAAGGGGUUAAUUUUUAUUUAGACUGGGUAAAGGGGAGUGGUUUUUUUUAUUUAUUUAUUUUUUUUUUUUACUUAAACGUUACUAAAACAUUUUUUAAAUUUUUUUUUUUUUUUUACCUUUUUAAGGCUUAUUUUAAAACUUUUUAAAAUGUUUAAUCCCUAGUUAGCCUAACACCAAAUUCCCCAAUUCCCCACGAACGUCCACCCAUCCCAGCUAGCUAAAUAUAUAAUUUUUAAAUAUUUAAAUUAAUUAAUAAAAUAAAUUUAACCCCCGAGGGUUAAAAAAAUAAUAAUUAACCCUCAGGGGUUAAAAAAAAAUCAGAUGACAUUAGUCAGUGAUCAAUUGGCAGGGAAGGGGUUAAUUUUAUUAAAGCAGGGGAAAGGGGGGGGGUGGGAUUUAACUUUAUUUUAUUUUUACACAGGGAGAAGAGGAUCAGCUCUGAUCCGUCUCCCUGCACUUCACACAGAACCCGAAAGUGCAGGGAGGCGGAAGGUAAGUACACUGAGCACAUGUGCUCACUCUGACAGCCUGUCAGAGCGAGCACCGGUGCUGGGGCAGCCCGGUUGGGUGCUCCCGGUCUGCCUCUAAUACAGAGGCAGACCAGAGCACUGUUAACCCCGCGAUCUGGGGUUAACUUUUUAGUAAAUGACGGAAAUUUUCCAUCAACGGUCCUUAACUGAAGGACAAGGUUGACAGAAAAUUUCUGUCUGCGGUCGGAAAGGGGUUAAGGAUCACAGCAAUCCUAUCACAUGUCCAAUUAACUUAGAAACAUAGAAUGUGACGGCAGAUAAGAACCAUUUGGUACAUCUAGUCUGCCUAAUUUUCUAAAUAUUUUCAUCAGUCCCUGGCCUUAUCUUAUAGUUAGGAUAACCUUAUGCCUAUCCCACGCAUGCUUAAAUUCCUUUACUGUGUUUACCUCUACUACUUCAGCUGGAAGGCUAUUCCAUGCCUCCACUACCCUCUCAGUAAAGUAAUACUUCCUGAUAUUAUUUUUAAACCUUUGUCCCUCUAAUUUAAGACUAUGUCCACUUGUUGUGGUAGUUUUUCUUCUUUUAAAUAUAGUCUCCUCCUUUACUGUGUUGAUUCCCUUUAUGUAUUUAAAUGUUUCUAUCAUAGCCCCCCUGUCUUGUCUUUCCUCCAAGCUAUACAUGUUAAGUUCCUUUAACCUUUCCUUGUAAGUUUUAUCCCGCAAUCCAUGAACCAGUUUAGUAGCCCUUCUCUGAACUCUCUCUAAAGUAUCAGUAUCAAUACCUAAGGAAAGAUGCAUCCAGAAAUCAAAACACAAAUCAAAAUACAAAAGCAUAUACAUAGUUAAACAAGUGUUCGGUAGGUUAAUAGCCUCAUUAUACGCCAGGAGAGUUAAGCGCUGCGUGCACUGCCUCCCACAGCGCCAUACUUUCUCAUGUUUUGAGAUUGUACCAUUCACCCUGUGGGUCGUCGCCUUGUACAUUCUAUUAGUGUCCACGGUGUCCAGCACCACAGAGAACCUUUGAGGUUUGGGGGGGAUUGCCAGUGACGUGCUAUGCAGAGGUUAGCAGCGACCAGUGUGUUCAUGGUCAACAUUUUUAGUGGUCCAUGUAUUGCCUCUGAGAGCAUGUCCAAAAGGAACGAUUCUUGCUUGAAAUCUAAGGUAAAGUUAGUGAGCUUUUGUAGCAACAAUUAACAUAGACGCCAGUACUGUGUGAGAGCUAGGCAAAAUAUAUGUGCAGUUGUUUCUGUUUCGGCAUUACAGCGCCAACAAAGGGGGGACAAUGUGGCAUAAAUGUGUGCUGCUCUGUGUGGCACUAGAUACCAUCUCAUCAUCAACUUUCAGUGCAUUUCCCAGUGAUUUAUGCUCCCUGACACGUUCUGCAUGUGUAAAAUAGAGGUAUUUUAAAAAAAGUAUGGAUACAUUAAAGGAGAUAAAGUGUGUGAGACCAUACGCGGUAGGGGGCUGGCAAAUACAAUACAAUAACGCAUAAACUGUAUACAUUUUUCUUGUGUCUGUUCUAAUUUGUAGGCGGAAAGGUUAUUAUGGCUUGUCGAGAUAUGGAGAAGUGUGAAAAUGCUGCCAGAGAAGUACGUGGUCAAACACUAAAUCACAAUGUGUAUGCCAAACAUCUGGAUCUCGCAUCUACUAAAUCCAUCAAAGAAUUUGCCAGAAGUAUACGGAAAGGUAAGAAUGUGCCUUUAGACAUACAUUCUGGUAAAACGAUUCUAAAGGUACACUCAAAUUUUUUUUUUUAUUUGAAAAUCACUGUUUAGUAGAAAUACUCUCAAAAGACAUGUAUGAAUUUGUUAAAGCCUAUUGUCGCUGUUGGUAUAUCUGUAAAACAGCUUGCAAAAGCUGCAGAUCUUCUGCCUACAGCCUUUGCAACUCCUCUUUUUCCCCAGCACAGACUGAAAGUGAUCAACUUGUUGUUCCUCUUUGAGAAGCCUUUGAUUCUCAGCCGUGAGCGCACAUUGAGGGGAGGAUGCAGGAGCACAGACGACAUGGACUUAUGGAGGUACUACCUCCUGUGGCUAAGGGAAGAGCAAGACGAUCUCCAUGGCUGUUUGACUGACAGCCAGGGAGGCAUUUCUUAAUUUAUUCCUAAAAGUGCCUAUUUCUUAAAGUAAAGCACUGUAACCCAUUCCUACUUUGAGUGUGCUGGGUGUCAUUCCCCGCCUCCUUACAUCCGCUUAGGAGCUUCUGUUAGCUCUCCUGAGCUAAGCCUGUGCACGGCUAGCUCAUUGACUGAGAGUGUCAGCUAACAGUCAUCGCCAAUGGGCUAAGCUCUGUACCGCCAGGGUUGGCUCAGACAGAACUUCCAGCUAACCUGGAAGAGACCCCAGGUAAGAAGUCAAACUUAUUCUUGUGUUUUAAUUAAUUAAACUGUUAGUGAGUGCUGCAUUCAAAAAAUCUGCUAUCAAGGUUUAUACACAACAUUUUUAUUGAAAAUAUUGGUAGAACCAGAAUUGGCUGAGAAAUCCUCUGCCAUGCUAACUGAUGGGAAGUUGUACUUUGAAGAGUACAUGGUGCUUUAAACAUUAGUGGACCCAGGUCUCAUCAGUUUUUGUAAAAGCAAGUGUGUUUUCGCUCUGAUGUGCUGUGGUAUUCUGUCAAAAUGUUUUGUAUCAUUUGCUGUAUAAGAAGGUCAUUUGUGGAAUUACAUUACAUUCAUCCUUUUGUUGGUGACACAUACACUCAUUUAAAAGUCAUCUUCCGUACUUUGUCAAACAAAUCUCCACGUUAGGCAUUGAAAUUGGUUAAUUAACAAAUAAGUUAUUUACCUAUCAAAUCCCACUCUGAUUGAUAUAUAUAUAUAUAUAUAUAUAUAUGUAUCUCUAUCUCAAAUUCCUUCUCAACAGAAAAAAAUACUGAAUCAGGUGAAUAGAAUUUCUUUAGUCUGAGCAAGAAGAAUCUGACAAUGCUUGUUGGGAAUACCCUGUUCUGAUGAAGUUUUGGUCGUCAGUUGGCCACUCCCUUGUAUUCAGGUACCCUUUAGGACUGUGUGAUUUAUAUAUUUAUUUUGCAGAAGAAGAACACGUGGACAUUCUUAUUAACAAUGCUGCAGUAAUGAGAUGUCCUCACUGGAAGACAGAAGACAACUUUGAAAUGCAGUUUGGUGUCAACCACUUGGGUAAGUAGAUGGGAUGUGUUAGACACCUAAGUCCUAAUUAUAUUUUAUGACAAUAGCUUUAAUAAUGUAAAGUAUUAUGACAGGUUCAAAUUUUAUGAAUAUAUAUAUAUAUAUAUAUAUAUAUAUAUAUAUAUAUAUAUUUUUAUAUAUAUAUAUAUAUAUAUAUAUAUAUAUAUAUAUAUAUAUAUAUAUAUAUGUGUGUCGGACUGUGACAUGCAAUGAUGUCACUACUAGAUUUCAUAUUGAAAUUGCAUGGAAGCAUACCUAACACAAGCUAGAAUGGACAGACAGGAAAAUUAUGGUUACUAGUACACAUCUAGUAAAAACAGAACUGCCAGAUUUAAAUUCAUGUAUGUGAUAUUUCGGUGGGAAAGGUGAAGUAAACAACGGGCAGGCAGGAGAUCAAGACAGGAAGAAAUAAGCACUAUACAAGGGAUAGGAGUGGAACAGGGGUGAAAUGUGGUUACAAUACUGGAGAGAGGACAGACCAGCCCCAUUGAUGCGGUGACAAGUCAGAACUGUCGUGCAAAAUAGAUUAAGGGAGCACAGAACAUUGACAGUGAGGCAUUUGCCAGUAACACUUUUUGUAUUUAAAAAUGUGAAUAAUGCAAAGUAAAUGUAGUAAUAUACAUGAGGCACAUAUUUGUAUGUCUGCACAACAUCAAUAUUUCAGUCAUGUCUCAGACAUAAAGGAAAAUUUAUUCCUACUUACCGUAAUUUUCUUUUCCUGGUCAUAGGCCAUGGCAGCACAACAAUGGGUAGCUCCUCCCUAUCCCUAACUAGACAGGAACCUAAUUAAAACAGAAGGUAUAAGUAACCCCUCCUACCCCUCCCACCCUCAGUCUUGUUUCCAGCAAUAUCCCAGGGCGGGAUCUUUGUGCUGCCAUGGCCUAUGACCAGGAAAAGAAAAUUACGGUAAGUAGGAAUAAAUUUUCCUUUUUCCUGGCCAUAUCCAUGGCAGCACAACAAUGGGUAAUACCCAAGCAAUAACCAAGGGAGGGAAAGAAGAACACAAGACUUCCAAAAUAUGAAUGCAAACUGACAAUACACACCUCAUAAGGACAUGAAAAACUGAUUGCCCACUAAUGGCACAUUAUCAAAAUGACCAACUCAAAAUGUACCAAAAAACAAAAAUGUCUGAAAAUUGAUUGAGGAUCAAGCAGCCAUUUACCUACAAGUUCCAGGGAAGCUUGGCCACCGAUGCUCAAGAGGGAGAAAUAGCUCUAGAGCGAGAAAUGGCUCUAGAGCAAACAUACCUUUAAGUACUGUAAUCCCUAGGGCUUAGUAGCCUAAAAAACAGUCAAGACUACCCAUCUGUUGAUGGCUUAUAUAGAGGCUUGAAGAUCUUUAUGGUCUAUUAGUAAAAAUAAACAGAAGAAAUCCAGAAAGAGAGAUCAGAGAGUGCUGAGACAUAUCUCUGAGGUGAUGUGGCCAAUUCCUAGAUAAGUCCUGGAUUGAAGAACUUAGAACCUUAGAAUUAGAAAUAGACCAUGAAAAAAGGUAGCCAGGCAUAUAAGUUUUCCCAUGGCCCUCAGAAGGGUAUUAAUUACUGUAGUUAAAAAAAAACCAACAACUUAUAUUUAAGCUUUUCUACAUUAUCGAAACCUCCAGAAUGAGGAAAGUAGCACUGGACCUGAUGGAAGAGGGAAGAACUAUUUUGGGAGAUCCCUUGGAGGUACUGAAGAAGAUAAGUAGAAGUGGAAACCAUGGACUGGGUAUUAAUAUGGAACUGUCAGGAUGAUUGAUAUUGGCUCUUGCACCCUAUGCAGAAGAGAAAUGUUGGAUGUUAAGGGAGUCCCUUUUCUGAACAUAUUUGAAUUUGGAGAAAAGUUCCUCAACGCCAGUGGAUGGUAUUCAUGGUUAUCACUGUCCAAAGGAUUUCCAUAGGUAAGUUAACCUCUGCCCUUGUGACAUCCUAUCAGAUCUAUGGUGGAGGACCUGGAUCAAAACUCUCUCUGUUGGGGUAAUAUGCCAUGGACCAUGUCGAACUGUAUUCCCAGCUAUACCCUGAACUGGGAGGGAGCAAGGUGACUACAGCAGACAUUCAUCUUUCAUCAUGAAGAUGUAAAAAUAAAAGUGAUGUGAGGCAAAGGAUACAUGGCAAUAAGCAUCCUGCAAAUCUAUAGACAUUAUCCAAUGUACUAGGAAUACUACCUUUAUAAAUAAGAAUGUUCAAGAAUCCUGUAAAUUAGAAUGGAUCUCCAACACCUGUUAGAAACAGAUUCUUUGUGUUCUAGUUGCUUUUUAAAACAUUCUCACAAUAGCUUUCUCUAAUUGAAGGGAAGCCAUGAGAUUUACAAAGCAUCUCUUUUUACCUUUUCUCUUCCUCUGGUAGAAUAAUAACCACUUACAUCAAGGUUGAGAUCUACCAUACUCUCUUCAUGGUGUGAAAUACCUUGGUCUGAGAAGGAAGUUAGUGAGAAUCUUUAUAUCGAAAGGGUCUCCCAAACCUUAGGUCUUGAAGUAGACAAGCUUUCUUGCCCUCUGCCGUUCUGUUGAUCCAUUAAUAUAGGAGGAUGCAUCCGUGGACCAGGUAUUAAGCAAAAGAGCCCAGCUAAUAGACACAAAGAAAGUCAUAUUUCUGGCUAUAAUAUAAUGCGACCUAUGUAGGCUUCUUAGCUGAAGACUAUUCCCGGUUAAUGACUUGUAAAUUGACAAGAGAAAAAGGAAAUUUAUCUCUGAUAUGCUCCUCCAAUUUAUCCAUACCAAUAUUAGAUCCUUAGAGAUUGGGGUAAAACCUUACAGCAAGAUGAAAGCCUGUGCCAGCUGCCACAUAGGCUUUAGAGAGGAGCAGAACCAUGUAUACUCUGUGGAGUUUCAGAGAGAUCCCGCAUUGUUUACAGGCAGAGAGGAACAUUUAGCCAGUCUAAGGACUGCAUCUACUACUUAGGAGCAGAGUCCCAGGUACUAGUGUCUGAAAUUCCAAUAGAUGAAGACUGAGAUACUCCCUUGUGUUGAAAACCUCUCUCAGUGUAGACCCAUUACUCCAUUAAGGAUCUUAAGGGGACCGAAAACUGGAAAAGAUACUCUACACCUUCUGACAUCCGAAAAGAAAGGCUAGAGGUAAAAGGACUCUGGAAAUCAAAUGAACGGAUUCUGGAACUACUGAAAUAGACUGAAUAUCCUCAUCUGAUGAUUUCAUAUCUCUGAAUGGAUCCAUCUCCCAGGAUUCCUAAGAGUAUUCAUUCUGGGAAUUGUCCAGAGGAUCCAAGCUUUAACAGCUUCUGUGACGUCUUGAGAUACCUCCUGUUAAUAUUGUGUAAUACACAGGGCAUGGGUAGAAGGGCCUGUAGCCACUUUCAGACAGUCUGUGCAGAGACUUUACUUUUACAAGGAUCUCUUAUCAUAUGUCUCACAAACAAUUCUUUAGUGUGACUUCCCUUGUAUGAUCCGGAUUAUUUUCUUUCCGUAGAGCGAUCAUCAUAGGGAAUUCCAAUUAUUGAUAGGCACUCUUUUGUUUAGUAAUGACAGAAAAAAAUAAAAUGGCUUACCUAUGUCUCUUAGAGUGUGACCUUUUUUCUGGGAGCAGAGGGAUCUGAAUCCAUAACUGCAUAAGAUUUCUUUUUAUCCUUUACAAAGAAAAAUCUCUGCUAAAUAAGUAGAGAUUGAUAGAUACAGAAAAAUAAGUAAUAUACCUUCGAUAAAGAAACUUACCAAAACCAAAAAGAAGAAUUCAAAUUAAGAUGGAAACUGCACACAAAUCGAAUUACUUAAUAUAGGAAAAACCCAUAAGAAAACAUUGUGCUGAAAAGGGGAGGCCAAUAUGACCCUGCAACCACUGCAACUGGGCUUACAUUUUAGAAUACGCAGGAGCGAAUCAGAUUUCCGCGCAUGCGCGGUAAUGGCAUGGCGCGACCACUGGACUAGCACCUGCGUAUUCGCGGGUGAUUAAACGCAGAGGUAAAAACCUGAAUGGGCCCAAAAGUAAGAAUGGAAACUUAGGGACUUAAAAUAAAACAGGUUGAAAGGCUGAGAUAGAGGAACAGAACAGCGAAUAGCCUAUUACCAAGUACAGAGACAUUGAAAUAGGAUAAUAAAUUUAGUGAAUACAUAAAACAAACAUGGAGGCAUAUAAUAAUGAAAUUAAAAAGCACAUAGAAUAACUGAAUCCAGCAGCUGUAUUAAAAGGCACUAGAAACAAUUAUUGCAAAUCUUGAACCAGGAAAGAGGCAUUCAGAUAUUUUCUGGUUUCCAAGUGUACACAUUUUAUUUACAAUUAUGGACUGAGUCAGCCCUGCAGGGAAUUGAACUGGUGAGCCCAAGUGACAAACAGAUUCUUCUGAUGAAGUAUUAGCCCACUGAACUAUCUCACCAUACUCAGGUGAGACAGCUGCAAUAAAAGGUUUAACAGAGGCCUAGGAAUAAGUAAAUCCAGCGGUUAAAAUAAAAGGCCCAACAGAGGCCUAGGAAAAAGCUCGCUGCUGUAUUAAAAGGCAUAACAAAUACCUAGGAAAAGGUGACUCCUAUGGCUGUAUUAAAAGAUACAGAGGCUUAGGAGUAAGACACAGGAGCCUAUGAGUAAGUGACUCCAGUUAAAAGGCCCAACAGAGGCCUAGGGAUAAGUAAUCCAGUGGCUGUAUUAAAAGACACUGAAGUCUAGAAAUAAGUGACUCCGGUGGCUAUAUUAGAAGGCCCAGCAGAGGCCUAGGAAUAAAUUAAUGCAGCUGCUAUAUUAAAAGGCCCAGCAGAGGCCUAGGAAUAAGUAAUCCAGUGGAUACAUUAAAAGGCCCAGCAGAGGCCUAGGAAUAAGUAAUCCAGUGGAUAUAUUAAAAGACACAGAAGCCUCUGAAUAAGAGACUCCAGUGCUUAUUUUAAAAGGCCCAGCAGAGGCCUAGGAAUAAGUAACCCAGUGGAUAUAUUAAAAGACACAGAGGCCUAGGAAUAAGUAAUCCAGUGGAUACAUUAAAAGACACAGAAGCCUCUGAAUAAGAGACUCCAGUGCUUAUAUUAAAAGGCCCAACAGAGGCCUAGGAAUAAAUGAAUCCAACUGCUAUUUUAAAAGGCCCAGCAGAGGCCUAGGAAUCAGUAACCCAGUGGAUAUAUUAAAAGACACAGAGGCCUUGGAAUAAGACACAGAAGCCUAGGAAUACGUUUGAUAGAAAUUCAGAUUAGCAGGAAUCUCUUACCGUUUAGAUGAAACCGAUGAAGGGUAGAAGGGGUUAUAUCCAUAUAUUUGCUCUGUAUGUGCCUGCCCAGCCUGCUACUCCUUGGUCACUGCAGGAAAUAGGCUGAUGACAAAAUCUUGCUACCUUUAGGGUCACAGCAAGUAAAUCCAUGGGAAAAUACAAGAUAGUGAGUUAUACUUUAAGCCUUUCAGUGAUGGAAUGCUAGUCCAUCUCACAUUAACUCUUUUAGUGAUGAAAUGUUAAUCUCAUAGAAUCUUUGCAAUCCGUGUGCAUGUCCGGCCUGCUACUCGUUGGUCACUGCAGGAAAUAGGCUGAUGGCAUAAUCUUGCUACCUUUAGGGUCACAGCAAGUAAAUCCAUGGCAAAGUAUAAGAUAGUGAGUUGUACUUUAACCCUUUCAGCGAUGGAAUGCUAGUCUGUCUCACAUUAACUCCUUCAGCAAUGGAAUGUUAGUCAAUGUCAUAUUAAUCCUUGCAAUCCAUGUGCAUGUCUGGCCUGCUACCCCUUGGUCACUGCAGGAGACAGGAGGAUGGCAUAAUCUUGCUACCCCUAGGGUCACCGCAAGUAAAUCCAUAUGCCCUGUAUGUGCAUGCCCAGCCUGCUACCUCUUGGUCACUGCAGGAAUCAUGGUGAUGGCAUGAUCUUGCUACCCCUAGGGUCACAGCAAGUUAGAACCCCCGGUCACUAAAGGGGUCUCUCCAGGGGGUCACCUUUGCACAGGGCCGUGUACUGGAGACUGCCCAAGGGAGAGAGGCUGAACUCCCUUGAGGGAGAAGGUAACAACCCUCAGGUAAGCCAAAAAGAAAAAAUUCUCUAGUCUUAGAAUGACUAAAUCUGUCCUAGGGAUAGGACAGGAACAAAAAGACUGAGGGUGGGAGGGGUAGGAGGGGUUACUUAUACCUUCUGUUUUAAUUAGGUUCCUGUCUAGUUAGGGAUAGGGAGGAGCUACCCAUUGUUGUGCUGCCAUGGAUAUGGCCAGGAAAAAUGAAUAGAAACAUGAUUGAUUUUUGCUUUUGGCCAAAUAUAACUAUUUUGUACCUCCAGCUCCCAGGAGUUUUUCUAUCCAUUAUCAAAGGAUACCACUUGCACAAACAAAAAUUACAAAAUUGCCAAGUUUACAUUAUUUAUGCAUGGAAAUUAUCACCAGUGUUGUGGAUAUUACUAAAGUUAACUUCAUAGUUUAAUAUUAGAUAAAGCAUAUACACGUAAUUAACUCAGAAGACCAUGUGAAAAUGCAGCUUGCGAAUGGAGCAGUGUAUGGAAAUGUUCAGAGGUAUGAUCCAUACACCAAAACUGCUUCAUUAAACUAAAGCGGGUUUGGUGACUCUAGUCUCCCUUUACAUCUUUGGUUAUUAUAGGUUGUUUCCUCUUACAAAUCAUGAUGCAUUGUGAUAAUUAAGAUCAGAUAUAUACAGUGGCGUACUAAGGGGGGGGCGGGGGGGGCGGUCCGCCCCGGGUGCCAGCCGGGUGGGGGGUGCCAUGGCCAUUAUACUGCAACCGCCCGGCUCUGUAGAGAGCCUCGAGGCUGCAGCAGUGAUGCGUCCAUGGUGACCGCCAGGCACCCAGCAUGGGGAGAGGGGGCUGACAGGAGGCUCUGUCAGCUCCUCACUACAGCAUAUUGAUCAUGGUACAGAGAGCAUGUCUCCCUGUACCCGGCGGUCUUUGAGGAAGAUGAUACACAGAGUGUGUGCUGCACUUCCUGUUAAUCCCGGCAGUACAAAUACUUUACCUGUACCCUUGAUUCUUCCUGAGCUUUCAGAAGCGCCUUCACAGGGAGGUAGGGGAGGGAGAAAAGAAGGGGAGAGGGGAGGGUGAGAAAGAAGGGGAGAGGGGGUGAGAAAGAGAGAUAAGGGGGGGUGAGAAAGAGAAAUAAGGGGUAAGGGGGGGGUGAGAAAGAGAAAUUGGGGGGGGGGGGAGAAGGAAAUUGGAGCGGGAGGAGAGAUUUACAUUCAUCACAUACACACAAUGCACCCCUUGCACACAGACACAGACACACAUACACAAGCAAUGCAACCGUUACACACAAUGCAUCCCUUACACACACAGAAACACACAAUGCAUUCAUUACACACACUCAAUGCACCCCUUACACAUAUUCAAUGCAUCCCAUACAUACACAGAAACACACCUUGCAGCCCUUACACAUACAAACACAAUUUCACACAAUGCAUUCCUUACACACAUAUCAGGACAUCCCUUACACACUCCACCCCCUGUGAACAAACUCAUUGGUGGAACAUGAAGGUGGACCCUGGGACCCAGACCUUGAGCUGUGUAAAGGACCCCCAAAAAAUGGAGCUGCUUCCCGUUCUCCCAGAACAUUGAUUUUUGUGACCACAGUUACAAACCGCCUCCAGAGAGCCUGUUCUGCACCAGACCAGUGGAGCCAGACUGCAGCUAGAGCCCAUCAUCAUCCUCAUCUGGUUGUAAGUAGGCAAUCUAGUAUAUUAUUCGUGGCACUAAGCUCUAAUUUACCUCAUUAAAGAAACACUAUAGUCCCCAGAACCACUUCAGCUUAAUGUAGUGGUUCUGGUGUCUAUAGCCUGUCCCUGCAGGCCUUUUAAUGUAAACACGGCGGCACUGCAGCACUGGCGUUAGUUAACAUGGCAAAUCAUAUGGCUGGGGCAUUGUGAUGUCACAUGGGGGGCGGCAAACUUUACUUUUGCCUUGGGCGGCAAAAAUCCUUGUACCGGCCCUGGCUGGAGGGGGCUGUGUGAGCUGUGGCCGCACAGUGUCCCAUGGAAGUUAGGGUGCCGUGCGGCCAGUACAGCUCACUCAAGCAAACAGCUGAUAAACUGGCCGCACGGAGGAAAUGUGUAUGUGUGACUGUCUGCCUGUGACUGAGUGUGUGACUGUCUGUCUGUAACUGAGUGUGUGACUGUCUGUCUGUAACUGAGUGUGUGACUGUGUCUGUAACUGAGUGUGUGACUGCCUGUAAAUGUGUGUGUGGGGCUGCAGGGAUUUUGUAGAAGGGGGUGGGGGUUUUGUAUUGGGACAGGAGUCUUUAUAAGGGGGGAUAAGCAGGGGAUUUGUGGAAGGGGGUUGCGGGGGUUUUGUAGAUGGGGCAGUACAGGAUUUGUAGAAGGGGCAGGACAGAGGUUUUGUAGGAGGGGCAGGGCAGGACAAGGGUUUUGUAGGAGGGGCUGACAGCGGUUUUGCAAAGUUUACAAAUUGUAAAAAUAAAAGAAAUAAAACCUUUAACAAUUUUUUACAGGUUUUUUUUUUGGGGGGGGGUGCCAAGCACAGGAUCCGCCCCGGGUGCCAAAUGCUCUAGGUACGCCCCUGGAUAUAUACCUUUCAUGUACAGUUCAAAUGCAAGUGCUGUGUAACGUGUGUUCAUUUAAAAAGACAAUACAUUAUCAGCGACGGCUUAACCUCUGUUUUCCCCCCGCAGGUCAUUUUCUCCUAACUAACCUGCUCCUUGAAAAGAUGAAGAGAUCAGUAAAUUCCCGUAUAAUAAACGUGUCUUCUUUGGCACACAUAGCGGGAGAGAUUGACUUUGAUGAUUUGAACUGGGAAAAAAAGAAGUACAACACAAAAGCAGCUUAUUGCCAAAGUAAGCUUGCUAAUGUCCUGUUUACAAAUGAGUUAGCCAAAAGGCUGCAAGGUGAGUUCAAGUUUAGAGUUAAAACAAAUGUAUUCUCUACAUCAUAAAAGAAUGCCUCUAAAUCUAUCUAUCCACUGGUUCACUGUUUUACCAGAGUUAUGGCUUUUUUCUUCUUAGGGCAACAAGCUGUUGGUCCACAUAUUAACAUUUCAUUAUUAUCCUGUAAUAUUCUUUUAUUAUGCAUUUAUUUAUUUUAAAAAGCAAAAUCAUAUUGCUUGGGAAUAUGUGCGGAAUCAUCUGACAAAAGUCUCCUUGGGCAGAAAAUUAAAUUUUUUUUAUUCUUUUUACUAUGCAUGAGGACGAACAGCAUCGACUAAAACCCAAUAGGAAAGCAUUUAUUCAAUGCUUUCCUAUGGGGUUGUCCUAAUGAGAUUGUGGCGCUCGCCGCGCAUGCGAAUUAGGUCCCCGGGGAAGGAGGAGCAGAAACUCUGCAUUUUAACUUGCUGCUCAUAUGAAGCAUAAAACAUUGGCAAGUAUAAUAUAUUUUCCAAAGUGUGUAUUGUAUCAAAUAAAGAGUUUUAUUUAUGUUUUUCUUUUUUUUUUUUUAUCAAUAGGUACAGGAGUAACGACCAACUCCCUACACCCAGGGGUUGCAGAUACUGAGCUGGGAAGACAUACAGGAAUGCAUAAAUCUACAUUCUCCAGCACAGUGCUAGGUAGGUUAAAUGGAAAGCGUGACUGUUUAGGAGAUCAUAUGUAUGCAAUAUACAUCAGCAUGUUUGCUUUUUCUUUUCUUUCUUUUUUUAGCCCAUCAACACAUUACAUUUCAAUAAAAUGGUAUCACUCUGCCAUCCCACUUUUGAGAGUUAAAGGGGAACUUCCGCAUUAGCUAUAUUUUUGAAAAGGAGGUAUGACCUAGCAUGUUCCUCUACUGCAAUCCUACUUUACCUAUUAUUUUAUUAAGGGAACAUGCAAACUAAUGAGUGUCUUCAGAACGUGGUAUAUACACAGUGUUCCAUACAAAGUGCCUGGUUAUGUCAGUUCUGAUGAUCUGUUAUUAAUAGCUGAGCACAAGAAGCAACAGAAAGCAACUACAGUUUCACAAAUGAAUUUAAAAUUCCAGGACAAAUUUUUCUAUACAUUGGACCAAGUAGGCAAUGGACACAACUGUUUAUAUUAACAUGCAUUCCAGAGUUUCGAAAUCUAAUUUGAGAAAAAAAAACAAAUUAAAAAACACGUGUGUAAAACCUCUUAAUGUUAUAUAUUUUAGCGCCUCUGUUUUGGUUCCUGGUAAAAUCACCCAAAGAAGCAGCCCAGCCCAGCAUCUAUUUGGCUGUGAAUGAGGAAUUGGCAGGCAUAUCUGGGAAAUAUUUCAAUGGCUUGAAGGAAAAAGAGCCAGCUCCACAGGCUUUGGACGAAGAGACUGCAAGGAGGCUCUGGGUAGAAAGUGCCAAACUGGUGCAUCUUGAUGAUGCAUUAAAGGAAUUUGAAGCACCGUAGGACUUUAAAUCAAACCUAGCAAAUUACCUUCAGUGAAGGUUUGUAUCUGUUUUAAUAUUUACAAAAAAAAAUAAAAUAAAGAAAAAACACUUAUUAAAAUAAUUUGCCAUGUAUUUAUUUUAUUUUUGGUUAACACAUAAAAAAAAAAAAAAAAAGAGUUAAAUUACAAUUAUGUAAUAACUUCACAGUAAUAUCAUAGAAGACAAAUAUAUAUACAUUGUGAGAGAAUUUUUCGAUAAAAGCAUUAUGCAUGGCAUUGGAGCAUAGUGAAGGUAAACGAAAAAGCAAAUAAAAUAUGAAAGAAUAGCAUCCAAUAAGCAAUCAAAGAUCAAUGGGUCUCAGGCCAGGGCAGAUUAGGUAUUGUUGUAGGAAUGUCCUCCAAGAUGGUAUAGCAGCACACUGGAGUGGCAUCCCUUGCCCCCCACUCACAGUUGGAGGUACAUCACAGUCCCAUAUUAUAGACUUAGACCUCAGGGUCCCCACUCCAGAGUUUGACAAGGUCUGCAGUCAGGCUCCAGCUUUGAUUGCCUUAAGCCUUCAUUUGAAGCCCUGCCUCGAGUCGUCACACAACAGGAAUCACCGUGGAGACUAGAAGGCAACAGUCUCAGUACUUUCUGGACCAGCCGAGCUGGAGUAAUCACCCUGAGGUGGGGCAAAGCAGUUCUUGGCCUUAGGGAUUUCUGGGAUAGCUGGGUCUGAAUGUUCUCUUCGAACCGGUCAAAAGGCCCUCGGACCUCUUCUAGCUCCCUUGUCGAGUAGAGGCCUUCGCCAGACGAGAAACAGGACAGCGUUGAUAUUGAGGUAAGUUACUGGUCUUUAGGCCAAGCAUGGGGAGCCACUUUCUGCUGACUAGUUUGACCCAAAAGUUGUCAAAUAUUUUGUAGAGCUUUUCCAUAGUGUAGUGCUGUGGGCCUUGAGACCUCAGUAAUUACUCAGCAUCCGCCAUCUUGAAGUAGUAUAUAGCUCCUCACUUGACCCAAGGAUGAUAGGCACUGGGAUAACCCUUACUGGCAGUGGGGAAAAGGGGCUCAAUCACAGAGGCUCUAUUUCUGUCAGACAGGAGGCAGAUAUUGGCCCCUUUUUCUCACACCAACGCCACCAAGAGUUUCGCAGAUAGGCCACAGGACUCCGCGUUCUGUAGUAUACGUCAGCCAUGCAGAAGAGGAUUCUUAUUGGGGGAUGCUGAAUCCAGAAGUUAUGUGAGAGCUGCUGUAGCUUCAAAAAAGAUUUGAACAAUAAAUUGCUCUCUUAAAGGAACACUAUAGGGUCAGUAACACAAAUUUAUUCCUGACCCUAUAGUCAUAAAACCACCACCCAGCCCACUCUUGCCUGCCUAAAUAUAGUAAAAUCAUACUUUUAUUCAAGUCCGCAGCUGCUGCUUCUGCCCCUGACUGCUGACGUAAUCAAAAGUCGUGGUCUGAGCCAAUCACAGUGCUUCUUCAUAGGAUUGGCUGAGCCUGUCAAGGAUGCUCUUUGUGUUGUCGUCCCCAGCAUGGAUGGGCUGGGGACGACAACAACACAAAGAGAUAUAGAGGGGCUGGGGGAGAAAGAGACAAUGUGCUUGGAGGAAGAGACCCACAAAUGGUGAUAUGGAGAGAAAGCGACACACAGAGGGACUGGGAGGGGCAAAGAGCCACAAAGGGACUGGGGAAGGGGCAAAAGAGACCGAUGUAAGCUUGGGGGGAGACACUCAGAGGGGCUGUAGGGACACAAAAAGACACAGAGGAGCUAUGGAAAGGCAAAGGAGACAGACUGGGGCUUGGGAUAGAGACACCUAGAGGGUCUGCGGGGACACAGAGGGGCUGGGGAAGGGGCAAAAGAGACAGAGAGGCUUUAACUAACCCACUAGAUUUUAGUCGUGUCAACUGAAAUCUACUGGAGAUUUUGUCGACUAAAUCUAUUUGGAUGACUAAAAUGGCUUUCUAGUCAAAAGACUUAUGACUAAAACUAAAUUGACAUUUUCUGCCAAAUUUAAAGGGAUACUGUAGUGCCAGGAGUACAAAGCUGUAUUUCUGGCACUACCGAUCCCUCUGCCUCACCCCUCCCUCGCGUCCCCCUUCCCUGGUAAAUAAAGGGUUAAAGGGGCUCCUUUAUGAUUUCUGUUGUGAUUAUUAAAGGAUUUCAUACUAAGACAUAACUCAUUAUUAGCAUUUAUAUAGUGGCGACAUAUUCUGCAGUGCUUUACAUUUAUGUAUUUAGAGGUGAAGAACACUCUGCUCAAACAAGCGUACCCUCUAUAAGUAGAUAUAUAUAGAAUUCAAACCAGGAUUUCCCAGUUCUAAGGCAGUGAUGUUACCAGUGCGCUAACCAGUUGAUAUAUAACAAUCUGUAACAUUGGGGUGUAUGAAUUUGUCACAGAGGCAUGCCAGUGAUGCUAUAUGCAAGGUACCAUUGUGCAUUUAUACCAGGUUUACUGGAACUGUGCUGCUCAGCUCCCUCAUGGUCCUCUAUGUGCAGAGUUAAUUUUUGGCAGACAAUCUUCUCUAACAAAGUGCUUGCACUGAAGUUUUCAGGGGCCAAGGCCCAGAUUUUUGCUUGGCAGUCCCUGCAAGCCUUGCUGGGCAGAAUUCACAAAUGUCUCGCAAAAACAUGAUAACUAAGCAGGCCUAUCUAUGGCUGGGCAUCCUAUAAAGCCUAAUCCACAGUGCACCAGGAUAAUUAGACAUAAAUAUUUAUAGUUUAAUCUUAGCCUUAUUGUAAUCUUACUGCUUUCAGCGAUAUAAGGGUAUCUAUGUUAAAAAUUGGUCUAAAAAAAAAAAAUUUGAGGGAACGAUUACGUCAUCAGACAGCGACCAUUUGCUCCUUGACCGCAGCCAACAACUCUCACACAUAAUUAAGAAACAGCACACACGGCGGAUCCCAUGGUUCUAGCCCGCGGAGCACGCGCCCACACUGUAAUAUUAUCGCCAUAUUCUGGCCCUUAGCGGUGCCCUUAACAAAUACGGCUUCCGGCCACGUCACAUGCUAUCACGUGGG